AUGAAAGGAAACAGAAAAUUAAAGAAGGUGGAGAUUUCUGAACUGACUGAAGAUUUAUUAUGUCAGAUCUUGAGACGGGUCAGUGACCCGGGUGAUCGGAAAUGGGUGUCCGAAGUCUGCAAACAAUGGUUCGCACUGGAGGGUCUAACCAGAAGGUCACUCUGUCUUCUCAAAAUCAGUCCUCUCCGUAAGGUACUGCCUCGAUUCCCUAAUCUAGUUACAUUCCAGACAUCCGUGUCUAUUUCUAAGGAAGCCGACCUCGAAUUCAUAGCCCAAACAUGUCCCAAACUGAAGGCCAUCAAUCUAUACGGGGAAGGGUCGUUACCGAAGAACGGUCUUUACGGUUUGUCAAGUGGCGGCGGUCUUCCGAAACUGUCUAAGGUUUCGGUCAGAGGGAGAAGUUGUGUAGGCAUUGAGAGGUGGCUAGAUAGGUUCCCUAAUUUGACUUAUUUGGAUUUGGGAAGGUGCUGGGGGGUCGAUGACAAUGCGGUUGAAGCAAUUGGGCUGCUGUGCACUUGUUUGAGAUACUUGAAUUUGGAACAUGCCGAUAUAUCGGACGAUGGUUUGAGAUUGUUGGCACAUGGAAGGUGCUCAAAAACCCUCAAAACAUUGGUGCUUGCUCGCUGCUAUGAUAUAACUGACUUGGGGCUCUCGCAUUUGCAGAAUAUGCAAUGCUUGGAAGAGCUGGAUUUGGAAAGCUGCGGGGACGAAGACACUGAUGUCACUGAUACUGGAGUUAUUGCUGCAAUCUCUUCAAAUCGAUCCCUCAAGAAAUUGAACUUGGGCAGGUUGACCGAUGUGUCGGACCAAAGCAUGGUGUAUGUUGCUGGGAAUUGCCCCAACUUAGAGAUUCUUGAUUUAACUGGUUGUUCUAAUGUAACUGGCGCCGGAGUACGUGCAUUUUCUGGUCACAGGUGUCUAGAGUCUCUUGUUUUGCGAGAUUGUGGUGAAUUUUAUUGGUCUGAUAUCGGGCACAUGGUGCUUGGAUGCAAGUCACUCAAGUCUAUGGUCCUGAGUACGCCGCCUAUGAAUGACUCAGUUCCGGAAAGCAUUAGCAGAAUUGUGACGUUGAUUCAUGAGUGGUGA